AUGAAUAUCUUGUUGCGUUUCUGGUGGGCCGUGUUGGUGCUCGGUUGUAUUCCCGCACCCUUAAAGACCGUGGAUCCUGAUCAUAAAGAUGCCAUCUCAAAGGAUUUAGUGGAAAAUAAGGAUCUGCUGCGCAGUUUUUACCAGGCGGUGGACAAAGCUCUUCCCGAUUUGCAGGAACUCCGAUCCUCGUUUGAACGUUUGCGUGAACAGUAUAACCAUUUUCACACACUCGACGAUAUGCUGGCCAAUUUCGACCAGUCGCAGGAAGAUGAGUUUAGGGAUGACUUCGGGGAGGAGGAUGAGCAGGACUGGAAGGAGUCAACCAAAGCCUGGAUACGCGACAUCGAAGCGAAUAUGGCUAAGAACGAAAAUAGACCCAAAAGAUCCUUGGAAGAAAAUCAACAGGAGGAGACCGAGCAAGGUGUGGUGGCCAAGAGCAGGACUCAGAUGCUGGAUGACUUUGAGGAUCAUAAUGGCAACCGGGCUAGCUUCGGGGUCUUGGGUAAUGGAAUGCUGACACCUGAUGCCGAGGAUGUGGAAGGAAAGUCGCUGUCCUUUCCGAACCAUGAACUGCUGUCUCAUUAUAAUGACCUAGAACCCAGCCACGAUUAUGAAUCCUUGGCGCAUAUUUAUGAUCCUACCAGGGAUAUGGUGCCCCUGAUCAGUCCGCGAUCUAAUGCUGUAAAACAACGACAAGCCCCACAGCAGCAGCCCCAACAGCAACAGCCACAAAGUAGAUCUGCCUCCCAUUUCAAGGCUAGCUUUAAUCUCAAUAACAUUUUCAACGAUCUGCAAAAGCUGAACCGUCAACAGGGGCAACCCGCGCAGCCCGUGCAGCAGCAGCCACAGCAGCCACCUGCUAAUCCCGUUUCUGCCCCGCAGCCAAUUCAACAAUACCGACAACCGGUACAAAAAUCACCACAUGUCGGAGUCAGUCGGUACCUCGGACCCUUUGUCAAACAGCAGCAAAAACUGAAUGUGGAUCCUAAUUGCAUACCUAUAACGGUCUUGCCACCAAACUGCAACACAUCCAUCCCAGCAGCUGGCAUCUCUAGUCCUACAACUCUUCCACCUGCUGCACCUGCUGGAUCUGGUGCACCUGUUGCACCUGCUCCAACAAGUCCUCCAGCUGCAACAACUGACAUGAUCGGGGAUGCUUGCAACAAUGCGGAUGCCGUGAAGAUGAAUGUAGCCAUCAAUGCGAAUGUGUGUGCCGAUCCAAAGACAAAACUGUUCUCUGGAAAUGGUUCCAUCAGUGUGCAGCCAGCUCCUUAUACGUUAUAUUCCGAUGCCAUUGAUCAGCCACAAGAUGCCCAGCCUUGUAAAGAUGAAGCCAAAUUAGAGGAGCGCUAUGCCAGAGACGUAACUGAGGUGCUCCACGAAGGCGUUUCGAGCCCUGAGUGGGAAGUAAAUAAAGAACAGAAAAGACCAAGACGGCUCAAUACCCACGUUAAGGCACCGACCAUGAAUUGGGCAGAAAAUAAAAAGACAAGAAACAGCACCAGGAAGAAGCCUCCCCAGAAGGUGACACCAAAAAUACCCGAAAAGAUUCAUAAAAACACUACCAAAUGCAAUCGACUUCGGCCAGAGAAGAAGGAUAACAGCUUCGACAAGCUGAUCUCGGGCAAACUAUUCGACGACAUUGUGGAUGCUGUCUUUGAUGCAAUUGGCUGUGAUCCGGAAAUGGAACGUCUGGUGUCCGUCCUGCAGCGGAAUCGCCAAGGGUCAAAGCAGCCCAAGGAUUUCUAUCAAAUCCGGACCGACAAGAAUGAGAAUUUUCUGCGCCAAACGGAGGGCAUGGUGCGGGAUACUAUGCAGGCGAUUAGUGAGAUUAUCGAACAACAGAUUAGCCGUCGGUCCUGCAUUCCUCUUCGCCCGGAUCUUGUGGAUUUCUAUGAAUUGAUUUUAAGGUCGGCGGCGGAGGAGCAACAGGUUCGCGAGAAGAGACAGAGCUCCGUGGGAGUCCUCUCUGCAGACUUUAACGACGCAGUGCCUCUGCUCGAACCCGCCAAGAUCAACGAGAAUACACGGAUUGUGAAGAAGCUCCUGCAGCAGUACCAGGACCUACCCUUAGGCGAUCAGCUGGCGGCGGCAAAAACCCACGAUGAGUUGCUGCUCGAUAUGGAGUACUUACGUAAGAUGGCCGACACUGUCGAGCGUCGCAAGCGGAAUGCCCGAAUGCAAGAGGUCGUCAAGCAGCAGAGCCUAGACGAGGCCCUCGAGCAGCAUGUGAACAACGAGUACUCACCGCGUUUCGUCAAGCUGCUAAAGACGGCAGAGCUCUUCAUGGAGUCGGGGGAAACACUAUCCAAGGAUCGUAUUUAAUUUUCGUUAUUUGUUUAAUUUGUUAAUUUAGUUGGAGUUGCUUUAAAAUA